CAUCCCUAAGUAGUACCAAAAAGGUUUCAUGUAUCCCAAUGUACAUGUCGAGAAAUGUAAACAGAUUCUGCUUGGCUGUGAUACACUUUAAGACGAAGAAAAAGUUGUCACAAUACGGUGCUUAUAUCAUAGGUAUAGGAAUUUUCUCCCCAUAAUAAAGCAAAGCAAGCACUAAAGCAACCUUUGAAAAUCGAAACAGUGCAAAGUGCAAAGCCCUUGAGCUUGACUUUAUCUCCUCCCCUCUCCAAUGGGCGAAAUCUGGAUGGAGGUAUGCUUGAUAUCCGCUCGCGGGGUGAGGGCUUCACCCUCACUCUGGAAGCGUCAGUGGUAUGCAGUUGGGUGGGUUGAUCCCAAGAACAAAUACUGCACCAAAGUUGAUGCUUCUGGGAAUGCAAACCCUCUUUGGAGAACCAAGUUUGCCCUCCAGGUUCAUCGCUCAGACCCGGAUCUUGCACUCAACGUUGAAGUCUACAGCAGAGACCCCGUGUUCCUCACCGAGAAGCUUCAUGGCUCCGCUACUGUUCUUCUCAGAGAGUUUCUCGCCAAGCAGGGACACAACUCUGAGGAAGUUGGCAGUUACCAAUUAAGGAACAAGAAAUCCAACAAGCCGAGAGGCUUUGUUGAUGUUUCAAUCCGUGUUUCUCAGGAGAAGGAAGACCCUAAUUUUCACCCACAACAAGGUGAUGGGGGAGGAAUAGUGCUCUUAGAUUAUGGCAAUAAUGCUAAUCACUUGACUACAAGGGGUGGAUUUGGGCAAACCUAUCCACAGCAAAAGGGUCAAGCUUCAUUCCAUGGGCUAGAAAAACAGGCCAAAACUAAUGUCCCCUACCCACAUCCAGUACCAUUUCCUGCAGAUUAUACUAACCCUCCUUAUGUGGGUGGACCAAGUUAUCAACCACCACCAGCACCACCCUCAAAUGUUGGUUAUGGUUAUGCUCCCACUUAUCUUCCAAAUAGUGGUGGCAUGGGAACUAGUUAUUUCAACAUGCCAACAUCAUCAUCAACAUCAGGGGUAGGCCCUAGGCAGAGGGGGCCUCCAGGGUUUGCAAUUGGGGCAGGAGCUGGAGCACUAGCAGCUGGGGCUGUAAUGUUUGGUGAUAAUUUCGUGUCAGGAUUUGAUGUUCCUUCUGGACUAGGGGCUGAUCCAACUCUUACCAUUGCAACUGAUCCUCUUUUCUGAACUACAAUUAAGCACCUUCUAUAAUGUAAUUAUUAUUAUUAUUAUGUUUGGCUGCACAUAGCCUAUCAGAUAUGGCCAUGCCAUAAGAGUUCUACUUUCUUUGAAUUAACCGUCUUAGAGAAAAUGCUGUAGAGUUUUCUUGGAAGCUGAAAGAACAAUUAUUUUUUGGGCUGUGUAACUAUUCUUUUUCAUCAGUUUCAUGCUGCUCUUUUGCCAUAAGUAAAAAAGGAUGCCUUGUGUUGA